GGUCAGUCUAUACUUCUCAAAGAGAGGCUAGCACAUUCCUCUCAUCGUCACCUUAAUACUGAUCAUUCUUCCAAGCGCCGGCGCUUAGAUCCUGCUUCGGGAUCUGCAGACUUGUCUGAUGAAAUUGCUAAGAGGCCUUCAUCUGAUCAAAGUGAUUCUAUCAGAUCUGGAAUGUUUUCUAUGAUCACUGAUGCCAGCGAAGACGAAAACGACACAGAUGGUGAUGAAGCGUCAGAUGAAGAUGAUGGAGACGAAGAUGAAGAUGUUGGUGAGGAAGAGGAUGAUAGGGGCGCGGAUGGGGAGGACGGUGAAAUUCACCCUCGAGGCAGUGAUGAUGGGAUUAGGAACGAGACUGAAACAGAUGUCUCUGACGGUCCAGUCUGUCAGGAUUUUAAAGUGUGUAGAAAUCCAGCUGAUCUACCUAAUGCACUUAAUGCUGGCUUGCAGGCGAAUGGAAGCGGCACCAAUGAAUCUGUGGUUGCGCCCGCAGUCGUCGACCCAAGUUCAUUUACUGGAGGUGAUUUUCUUGAGCCGAACUCACCUUUGGCCCGAAUUCUGGGUCCAUGGGCUCGAUGCCCAGUUGUUCUGGAAUUGCUUCGUUUACUUCAUGAAUGCAUUCUUGUGAGUUCUAAGUCAGCAUACUUCUCUUUACUAUAUCCUUAUUAA